AUGCCGGCUGGUCAUGGAGUUCGAGCGAGAACGAGGGAUCUGUUCGCGAGGCCUUUCAGGAAGAAGGGUUACAUUCCACUCUCGACCUACCUUAGGACCUUCAAGGUCGGCGAUUACGUCGAUGUUAAGGUGAAUGGUGCGAUCCACAAGGGUAUGCCUCACAAGUUCUACCAUGGACGUACUGGUCGUAUCUGGAACGUUACCAAGCGUGCCGUCGGUGUCGAAGUCAACAAACAGAUUGGUAACAGGAUCAUAAGGAAAAGAAUCCAUGUGCGUGUGGAGCAUGUGCAGCAGUCAAGGUGCGCAGAGGAGUUCAAGCUGAGGAAGAAGAAGAAUGAUGAGCUAAAGACUGCAGCCAAAGCCAGAGGUGAGAUCAUAAGCACCAAGAGACAGCCUAAAGGACCCAAACCAGGAUUCAUGGUCGAAGGUAUGACCUUGGAGACUGUCACCCCCAUCCCUUACGACGUCGUCAACGAUCUCAAAGGAGGCUACUAG